AUGUUCUUGUCUCUCAAUAGGAUUGCAAUCGCGAGUCCGCCUCCGGGACCUGCAGACACUGCUCCUCACGCAGCAUACGUCUCUCAACCCAGGCGUGGCCAACUUCUGGCUGCUCUUCGGACUGCACGGGGAGCUCCCCGGCCACCCUCAAUCUCCUUCCAGGAGCGAGACAUGCAUCGCCGUAUGUUCAUAAGAGAUGGAGAGGGACAGCCUCUGAUCCGGGGGAAGAUCCUCCUUAGUGCAGCCCCAGUUAGCAGCUACGGCCCCGGCACGUUUCUCAAUGUGAUGCCGCCUGGAUUGGAGGGAAGAGUUCUAACUUCGAUUUGUUGA